UUACUUUAAAAGCUAAAUCUUUUUAUUCAGUUGGAAUAAUUGAUAAUACACAUGAAUGAAUAAUGGAUAAGAUGUCGUCCGAAAAAUCUACGACGGAGUCAGAUGUAUUAUUUUCGUUUAAACGUUAUUUCGUAAACAAUGUUGAUUCUUAUCAAGGAGAAUAUAUAUUACGGGAAGUCUCUAAAGUUGUGGAGAAGAAUGUAAGGGAAAGUGUGAAGGAAUCAACACAUUCGUUGAUGGGGGAGGAUGCAGUAAUAACAGGAUCUGUUCCUAUUGAACACCCUUACGAGAUUAUAGGUACCGUGUCUGAACCGAAGACCAAGUCAGUUGAUAAUGUAUCAAAAAUUGUUCCUAAAUCUGAAUGCUUACCUGUGCUUCUUACGUGUGGAACUGUUAUCCUGGAUAUUAGCUAUGAUAAAGAAGAAGUUACAAUUGCAAUGGAAUAUUUAAAACUAUUAAAAGCACUUUUAGAGAAGCAAGCUCCAACAGAAUCCCUAGCAGGCACAGAUGACGGUGGUGCCGGAGAAUCUAAGAAACGAUAUCUGAUUUUAAUAUCCACAGUAAUGACAUGGGCCUCAACUAAACCAUUAGAUCCGGAUUCAACCGAUAUACCAUUCAUUGAAACUGAUUUUCGAAAGCGCAAACCUCACCCCAAUUAUAAAACAUACUAUGAUGUCGAGAACGAAGUGAUUGGUAUUGCUAGAAAAUUUCGCUCUCAAAUUGGGGCAACAGUUGUCGCAAGCGGGGUGACUUAUGGCGGACGUGAAGAUGUCUUAUUCUAUUGGUUUCAAAAGGCUUGGGAGUGCGAACGAUUGCUGCCUAUAUUUGGACGCGGUGGAAAUACAGUACCGCUUAUAAAUGUUCAAGAUUUGGCCCAAAUCGUCUUCAAUUUAAUGGUAGACUUUCCAAAAAAACUCUACAUAUUGGCCGUUGAACAAAAUAUUACCAAGCAAAGACAGAUUAUCAAGCCACUUGGCAGAAUCGUUGGAUCUGGGAUGUUUAAAUGUAUCCCUCCAGAAGAUGCUUUUCUUAUUCCAGAAAUCAAUCAACGAAUUUAUGAUUUGAUGACACUCAAUUUGAAUAUGGAACCGAGCUUUAUUGUAGAAACGAUGGGACUGCAAUGGGUCUCAGAAUCGUCGUUCACCGAAAACGUACCAACUCUUAUGAAGGCAUUCCGAAAAGAGAGAGCCCUGAAACCUUUUAAAGUUAUUGUGUACGGGCCUCCAAUAGUUGGAAAGACAACUCUAUCGAAACUUAUUUCUGAUGCUUAUGGAUUGAUGUAUAUAUCGCCUGAAACUGUUGUUGACGAUAUUAUUGACGAUUUAACUUGGCGCAUACAUCACUGGGAAGAAGGUGAAUUUGCCGCUCUAGCAACAGCACCUCAGACUGGAGAGGAGGAAGACCCAGCUCCUGCCGACAGUGAAGAUGAUCAAGUAGAAGAAGAAGGGGCGCAGGAGACAGCUCGGCAGACCCUGGCGUCUUUGUUAGCUGGACGUGUACCGACUGAAGAGGAGCUAAUAGGGUAUCUCCGCCAAAGGUUGCUGUGUCAUGAAGCUCGCAAUAAGGGCUGGGUCCUCGAUGGAUUCCCUGUAACACUCGGCCAAUGUUCAAUGUUGUUUGACAAGGGUGAUGAACAAGACUCGGAUGUCGAAGAAGAAAAUAAUGAAGAACAAUUUGAUGAAGACGUCGAGCUUUACAGCAAUGUUCUGAAGAAAAUAUUACCAGAUAUUGUGGUGUCUUUAGAGGCAACUGAUGACUUCGUUUGCGAUAAAGCAAUGCGUGACCAGAACAAUGACUCACGACUUGACGAAGAAGUCGUUCUCAAACGUCUCAAUGAAUUCAGAACAAAUGAUGGUCGUGACGUAUCACCACUAAAUUUCUUCGACGAGCUCGAUAUACAUCCUCUCAUUGUACCCGUAAAGGAUAACACAGACUACAGCAUGAAAGCCUCAUACGCAGCUGUUGCUUUACGAAUGGGACGCCCAUGUCGAUAUGGAAAAUUGAUGGAUCGAAUUGAAGCAGCAGAGAAAAAGGAAAGAAAAGAACUAGAAGCUAUGCGUGUGAAAGAAGAAAAGGCUUUGAAAGAGCUUGAGAAGAUGAUGCAGGAAGAGCGGGAAGAUAAAAUGGAAUAUUGGUCGGAGUUGUACGCCCUCAUGCAGGAGGAAGAGGAGGCAGCGCUGGCGGCGGCAGGAGAGCCAAUGCGUAAUUACCUCAUCAACCACAUCUUCCCAACACUCACGCCAGCUCUUCUUGAGGUUGCUCAACUGCGUCCUGACGACCCGAUUGACUUCUUGGCGGAGUAUUUGUUUAAACUGAAUCCAACUGGAAAAAUGUUGGAGCCAGGGUACAACCUGCAAGCUGAGAAACUUCUUGGAAAGAUAAAAAUACUGGAUGAUGCUUUGAAGGACCUCGACAUAAAAAUAGAUCCGUUAUUGCCUCCUGAAUGUGAGGUCGAAGAUCCUAAGCCCCACACCAUAAAUCCUAUGAGUGCAUUGUGAGUUGCUUGAUGUUAGUUCAA